CAUGCCGACGUUUCGAUUCCGCUGCUCUGCUUGCGUGGGUCUCAGUGGACUGAUAUACGUGAUCGGUGGAUCGCACACGGAACACUGCGUGGAGGCCUACGAUCCCGUUGCCAGUCAGUGGCAGAAAAAACAAAACGCAAUCGGACAUCGGGAUUGGGCUGUUAGCGCGUGUGUGGACGGAAAGAUUUUUGUCAUGGGCGGAAUGGACAAAUCGAUCGAAUAUUACAGCGAAGACAUAGACACAUGGACUCUGCACAGCUGCAAGAUGCCGGAAGCGAAGCGUCUCUCUGGCUGCGCUGUGAUGACAAUGAAGCCGGGUAUGAAUUCAAAUAUGGAAAUGGAGAAGUGACAGUGUAUGAACAGCACGGUUCCCUUCAAACCAAUAAGAUUAAUGUGGUAUUUGUUUGAUGAUUCCUGGAGCCCAGUUUCGUAUUCAGUUUUUGUUCCAGCGGCUGUCGAGUGUCAGAUUUUU